UAUCCACUGCUUCGAUGGAAUUAUCGUUUCCACACGAAAUUUAUGAGCAAAUUUUUAAGAAUUUUAAUAAACGUGGAGAUAUCUUUUCCUCUUUAUUGGUGAAUCGCAAGUGGUGCCGAUUAGCCGUGCCCUUAUUGUGGAGGUCGCCAUUUUCUAAAGAAUUCCAUUAUGCCGCCAAUACCCACAAAAUAAUCAGAACUUAUCUGUCAUGCCUUGAUGAAGAGGCACGGAAGUUGCUUUCCGAAGAUGGAAUUGACAUGUCGAACUCACCAUCCGGAACACUUUUUGAUUACGUCGAGUUCCUACAACAACUUGAUAUUUCCGAACUAAAGAGAAAUAUUAACAAAUGUCACACGAACUUCAAACGAAUACACGAUGACGCAAUUACAUACAAACUACAACUUAUGUAUACCGAACUGUGUAAGCUGUUUAUGAAAAAAUGCAAAUCAAUUUAUGCUCUCUAUGAAGUAUACGAUGAUCAGGGAUGGUUCGUAGAUCCGAUUCCAAUAAGAUCGUUUUCCAUUCCUCUUCCAAGUCUCCCCGGAGCAGAUCGAUGUUUGAAGUAUCUUAAAAGAUUUGAUAGCGCAGAAAAUUCCAAAAAUGGAAUCGUCUAUCGGGAACUGUCACAAAUGUGCAAUGAGAUUGUCGCACUGUCAGUUAAAAUAGGAUCAUACAAUGAAGGAAUUACAUUACCUGAACUCGUCGCCUCACAAAAACAUUUAAAAAGCUUUCAUCUAUCUUCUUUUAACUCCUCGAAUAUUUGCGUAUGGUUUAACGACGAUUGCUUUGGGCCAACAUUUAGAUCCUUAGCCAGUCAAAAGAAUACACUGACAGAGGUGCUAAUCAGUGGAAUAACAUUUCGCGAUAUAGAUUUAAGUUGCUUGGACACACUUGGGGAGUGCAAAGAACUUCGAUCUUUUGGGCUCCUUAGAUGUGAAGCUUUGAGCGAAAGGCAUCUUGAAGUGUUAAGUAAUUCUUUUCAAAAUCUAGAAUCAUUUACGUUCAUCGCUGGACAGGAGAUCAUCCCCGCGAGAGGUAUCACAGGUUUUCUCAAAACAGCUAACGCCAAUAUGAAGAAAAUAUCUUUUGAUGUGGUGGUUCCGGGUGCAAUCAAAGUUAUCACGGAUCAUUGCGAAAAUGUAGAGUCAUUAUCCGUGUGUACACGUCAACCCGAGGAAAUCUUCAUGAUCUUUCAAAAUUGCCGUCACUUAAAACUUCUCUUGUAUGAUUUAGAAAUAGGGUUUAUAUCGGAUGAACUAUUAACCAAGUUAUCAGAAUAUGUGCCGAAAUCCCUCAAGACUUUGUCAUUUUACGUGAACCUUGUAUAUCCUUGGACAUUUUCAUCAGAGUCUCUGAAAAUAUUUUUGGAUGGGUGCAAAAAGUCGGCACAGCUUGAAUUUUUUAGUCUUGAAAGUGCCAACAGUCCGUACUUCUGGUAUGAGGAGGAGGAGGGCAUGGAUAGAAUUGCGGAAGAGCAUUUCAGGGUUUUGCAAGAAAGCGGGAUCAAGAAUUACAAAUUGAGUGGAUAUAAUAUCGAUUUGGGAAGUCAGAAUAUGCACUUUUGCCUUCUUUGA